ACAACUCCAACAUCAACUGAAGAAACAACUCCAACGUCAACUGCAGUGACAACAACUCCAACUGCAACAACAACAACUCCAACAUCAACUGCAGAAACAACUCCAACAUCAACUGCAGAAACAACAACUCAAACAUCAACUGCAGAAACCACAACUCCAACAUCAACUGCAGAAACAACAACUCCAACAUCAACUGCAGGAACAACAACUCCAACAUCAACUGCAGAAACAACAACUGCAGAAACAACAACUCCAACAUCAACUGCAGAAACAACUCCAACAUCAUCUGCCACAACAACAACUCCAACAUCAACUGCAGAAACAACAACUCCAACAUCAACUGCAGAAACAACAACUCCAUCAUCAACUGCAGAAACAACAACUUCAGAAACAACAACUCCAACAUCAACUGCAGAAACAUCAACUCCAACAUCAACUGCAGAAACAACAACUCCAACAUCAACUGCAGAAACAACAACUCCAACAUCAACUGCAGAAACAACAACUCCAACAUCAACUGCAGAAACAACAACUCCAUCAUCAACUGCAGAAACAACAACUUCAGAAACAACAACUCCAACAUCAACUGCAGAAACAUCAACUCCAACAUCAACCGCUCCAAUAACAGCAGCAACAACAUCUUCCCCAACAACUGCAGCAGUAACAACUCAAAACACAACUGCAUUAUCAACACCUUCAACAACAACAACUGUAGCGCCUGCAACUUCAGCAGCACAGAAUACAACUACAACACCAACAACUACAGUAAAACUGACUACAACUAGAAUACCAACAACUACAACAGCAAAGAGGCCCACAAAUAGUAAACCAAAAACUGUUAGCUAUUCCUUUAUUAUAAUAAUGGAUCUGCAAUUCAUAGAAGACUAUAACGUUCCUACAUCCAGACCAUACAAGGAACUCAGUGCAAGGAUUAGGAAAUAUGCAUAUCUAAUCAUUAUUCAGACGAUGCCUGACUGUAUUGGUAUCAAUGUACAUGGCUUCAAACGAGGUUCCACCGUCGCCAACACUUCCGCGAUAUUCCCGACGAGCAAUCACACCGAUAUGGGGGUGCAGGAAGCGUUUAAUAGGAAUGCUGAAGCUGAGAACAACACCCUGGAUAACAUCCCUCUCUUCUUUGUAAACAUAACAACUCCAGAACCAGCAACGACUUUAGCUUCAAGAACAACUACAACUGUAGCAUCCACGUCUUCUACACCUACACCAGCUACUACAACUACAGGAGCCACUACAACACCGCGAUCAAGUAUAGCCACAGAAUCCAGUGCAACUCCUGGAUCCAGUACAACUCCAGAAACCAGUACAACACCUGUAUCCAGUACAACGCCAGAAACCAGUACAACACCUGGAUCCAGUACAAAGCCAGAAACCAGUACAACACCUGGAUCCAGUACAACGCCAGAAACCAGUACAACACCUGGAUCCAGUACAAAGCCAGAAACCAGUACAACGCCAGGAUCCAGUACAACACCUGGAUCCAGUACAACUCCAGGAGCCAGUACAACACCUAGAUCCAGUACAACGCCAGAAACCAGUACAACGCCUGGAUCCAGUACAAUGCCAGAAACCAGUACAACUCCUCUAUCAAGUACAACUCCUGGACCCAGUAAAACGCCAGUAACCAGAACAACACCUGGAUCCAGUACAACGCCAGAAACCAGUACAACACCUGGAUCCAGUACAAAGCCAGAAACCAGUACAACGCCAGGAUCCAGUACAACGCCAGAAACCAGUACAACACCUGGAUCUAGUACAACACCAGAAACCAGUACAACACCUGGAUCCAGUACAACUCCAGGAGCCAGUACAAGACCUAGAUCCAGUACAACGCCAGAAACCAGUACAACGCCUGGAUCCAGUACAAUGCCAGAAACCAGUACAACUCCUCUAUCCAGUACAACUCCUGGAUCCAGUAAAACGCCAGUAACCAGAACAACACCUGGAUCCAGUACAACGCCAGAAACCAGUACAACACCUGGAUCCAGUACAACGCCAGAAACCAGUACAACGCCAGAAACCAGUACAACACCUGGAUCUAGUACAACGCCAGAAACCAGUACAACACCUGGAUCCAGUACAACACCAGAAACCAGUACAACACCUGGAUCCAGUACAACGCCAGAAACCAGUACAAUACCUGGAUCCAGUACAACGCCAGAAACCAGUACAACACCUGGAUCCAGUACAAUGCCAGAAACCAGUACAACUCCUCUAUCCAGUACAACUCCUGGAUCCAGUAAAACGCCAGAAACCAGUACAACACCUGGAUCCAGUACAACGCCAGAAACCAGUACAAUACCUGGAUCCAGUAAAACUCCAGGAGCCAGUUCAACACCUCGAUCCAUUACAACCCCAGAAACCAGUACAACACCUAGAUUUAGUACUAUGCCAGAAACCAGUACAACACCUGCAUCAAGCACAACCUCAGAAGCCAGUACAACUCCUGGAUCCAGUACAACGCCGGAAACCACUACAACACCUGGACCCAGUACAAUGGCAGAAACCAGUACAACACCUUUAUCCAGUACAACUCCAGGAGCCAUUACAACACUUGGAUCCAGUACAACUCCAGGAUCCAGUACAACUCCAGGAUCCAGUACAACACCUGGAUCCAGUACAACUCCAGGAGCCAGUACAACACCUGGAUCCAGUAUAACUUCAGGAGCCAGUACAACACCUGGAUCCAACACAACUUCAGGAGUUAGUACAACAGUUAGAUACACAACUCCACAAGCCAGUACAAGUUCAGCAACUAGUAUAACACCUGGAUUCAGUACAGCACCAGGAACCAAAACAACACUUGAAUCCAGCACAACUCCAGGAUCCAGUACAUUGCCAGAAGCCAGUACAACUCCAAGAGCUGGUACAACACUUGGAUCUAGUACCGCAACACUUGAAACCAGUAAAACGACAGUAGCCAGUACAACACCUGGACCCAGUGAUACUCCAGGAGCCAGCACGACACCUCAUUCCAGUACAACUCCAAGAGCCAGUACAACACCUGGAUCAAAUACAACUCCAGCAGCCAGCACAAUCCAUGGGUCCAGUUCAACUCCAGUAGGCAGUACACUACCAAGAGGAAGCACAACAUCUGCACCUAGAACAAUCCCUGGAGACAGUACACCGCCAGGAUCCAGCACCACAGCUCUAUCCAGUACAAAUCCAAGAGCCAGUACAACACCUGGAUACAGUACAACUCCAAGAGCCAGUACAACGCCUGGAUACAGUACAAAUCCAAGAGCCAGUACAACGCCUGGAUCCAGUACAAAUCCAAGAGCCAGUACAACGCCUGGAUCCAGUACAAAUCCAAGAGCCAGUACAACGCCUGGAUCCAGUACAAAUCCAAGAGCCAGUACAACGCCUGGAUCCAGUACAAAUCCAAGAGCCAGUACAACACCUGGAUCCAGUACAACUCCAGGAACCAGUACAACACCUGGAUCCAGUACAACUCCAAGAGCCAGUACAACACCUGGAUCCAGUACAACUCCAAGAGCCAGUACAACACCUGGAACCAGUACAACUCCAAGAGCCAGUACAACACCUGGAUUCAGUACAACUCCAAGAGCCAGUACACCACCUCGAUCCAGUACAACUCCAAGAGCCAGUACACCACCUGGAUCCAGCACCACAGCUCUAUCCAGUACAAAUCCAAGAGCCAGUACAACACCUGGAUCCAGUACAAAUCCAAGAGCCAGUACAACACCUGGAUCCAGCACCACAGCUCUAUCCAGUACAAAUCCAAGAGCCAGUACAACACCUGGAUCCAGUACAACUCCAAGAGCCAGUACAACGCCUGGAUACAGUACAAAUCCAAGAGCCAGUACAACACCUGGAUACAGUACAAAUCCAAGAGCCAGUACAACGCCUGGAUCCAGUACAAAUCCAAGAGCCAGUACAACGCCUGGAUCCAGUACAAAUCCAAGAGCCAGUACAACGCCUGGAUCCAGUACAAAUCCAAGAGCCAGUACAACACCUGGAUCCAGUACAACUCCAGGAACCAGUACAACACCUGGAUCCAGUACAACUCCAAGAGCCAGUACAACACCUGGAUCCAGUACAACUCCAAGAGCCAGUACAACACCUGGAACCAGUACAACUCCAAGAGCCAGUACAACACCUGGAUUCAGUACAACUCCAAGAGCCAGUACACCACCUCGAUCCAGUACAACUCCAAGAGCCAGUACACCACCUGGAUCCAGUACAACUCCAAGAGCCAGUACAACACCUGGAUCCAGUACAACUCCAAGAGCCAGUACACCACCUGGAUCCAGUACAACUCCAAGAGCCAGUACACCACCUGGAUCCAGUACAACUCCAAGAGCCAGUACAACACCUGGAUCCAGUACAACUCCAAGAGCCAGUACAACACCUGGAACCAGUACAACUCCAAGAGCCAGUACACCACCUGGAUCCAGUACAACUCCAAGAGCCAGUACACCACCUGGAUCCAGUACAACUCCAAGAGCCAGUACAACACCUGGAACCAGUACAACUCCAAGAGGCAGUACAACACCUGGAACCAGUACAACUCCAAGAGCCAGUACAACACCUGGAUCCAGUACAACUCCAAGAGGCAGUACAACACCUGGAUCCAGUACAACUCCAAGAGGCAGUAGAACACCUGGAUCUAGUACAACUCCAAGAGGCAGUACAACACCUGGAUCCAGUACAACUCCAAGAGUCAGUACAACACCUGGAUCUAGUAAAACACCUGGACUGGGCACAACUUCUGUCCCUAGAAGAACUACAGGAGCCAGUUCAACUGUGGCCAGUAAAACAGCUGGAAUCAGUGCUGCUGCUGCACAAGUACUAAAUGAUGGAAGUGAAAUAUCUGGAUUUAUCCCUAAUUAUGGAAUUGUUCUCAUUGUGCUGGCGGCUGUGGCGAUGGCUGCUCUCCCGAUAGGAGGAUAUCUGGUAGCCAGAUUUGGAUUUUUUAAUAGCUCAAUAUCAAGAGAGAUCCCAUCUUACAGCUUGCCGGAGACUGGACGGGCGGUGCGAAGUUUCGAAAUGUCAAUGCCAACAUCCAUGACUGGAAGAUACACCCUCAGAUCUUAGACCGACCAGCCACGACCUCCGGACAAGUCUGAAUAAGAGAAAUCGGAAUGUUUAAACUGUAUCCGGAAACACGCGCGAUAAGAAGCGGUUGUACCGUCACGCCUCGGCUCUGCAGGGAUCACCCAUAGGAAGUCAUGUGGUGGAUCUGUUAUCCCUGCUGGGGGUCUGGCACACCGGACAUAUUUAUUAACCACUUCCAUACAGGGCACUUAUACACCUUCCUGCCCAGACCAAUUUUUAGCUUUCAGCACUG